CGAACCGUACUUCCACAGGCCGCCGUGAAGUAAAGAAACGAGAUGAUAAAUAGCACAGUUCGCGCCAGCUAGCCGGAGAAAGUGAAGCAGCAGCACAGGAACAGCGAAAACAUGUAAAUAUACGGAACACAGGACGACGGAAAGAAAAACAUUUGCGAACAAGUUAAAGUCAGAAUAAAGAGGGACAUGAUUGCAGCUCGGCCAACAACAUCUCCGAGAACCUUAUCAUCAGCAACAUCAACAUCGGAAGAAUCUGGUGCCAGCACAAGAAUGAUAAAGAUUGGCCGUAAUAUAGUACAUCAGCUGGACAACCGUGAGCGAGGGUUUCGAACGCGUAAAAUAAGAAACUGUGCUUCGGCGGUGGCCAACGAACAUUACUUUCGGCGUCAUGCCGUCGAGUUGGCAGAGCUGGUAUUGCUGGAACGACUGAAAUCGGAGGACCUUUGCAAGCCUAUUGACGAUUUGGCGAGCGAGACGGAAUCUGUUUUCAACAUCGAACAAAGCCACGACGGGUUGCUUACUGCCACUGUGCAAACAAAUCGGUGUGUCAACGUCUUCCAGACGACGUCAAUGUAUAAGUUGGCAAAAUAUCCAUCUAGAGAUCGAUCCGUAUGGACGCUGGCGUUCCAUCCGACCAGUGCGAACACCAUCGCCUUCGGUACACUCGGUGGUACGGUGUUGGUGUACGUGGACAAUCGCCUAGUAGCUUCGCUGCAGGAACCGGAACCGAUAGGUUCGGUGUGCUUUCAUCCGACACAAAACUUCCUGCUACUUACCAGCAUGAACGAGGUUGUUUUCUGGGACUGGGUGAACGGAAUUACGCACACGGCUGGCAUGUACAGUGAUUGUAAAUGUCGCUUUCUGCAUGUGACGAGCGACGCACAUCUCAUCACCGGUAUAACGCAAACCCAGACACACCUAUUGGCCGGUGUGGGUGGAAAUGUGGAGCUCGUCGAACCGGAGUAUCUGGUCGUAUCGUUGCUGCGCAGCGUGACCUUAAUGUUGGACAAGCUUGAGCAAACGAUGGCCACCCAGGUGGAUUAUCUCCUGCAGCUUGAGUUGAACAAGCAGUGCCUUAUCUGGAUAUAUCUGCUACAAACGAUCAACCGAAAGAGGGUCGGUAUCCGCUGCUGUGCCAUAGUUACCGACACGAAUAGCUGCACGAAAUCAGACCUCAAUGUCACACUGUUGACUUUGAACCGCAAAAUCGACGCCUUGGAAGAAACUCUGCGGGCUCGUAGCAGUAUCCCGAUCAUUCCGAACCACACACCGUCCUGGUCGCCGGUAACGGUUUUUCUCACCGAACCGAUGUCAUUUUUCGAACAGAUCUGCCAAAAGUAUAUCUGCCAGCGCAACCGGAGUUACAUACAGUAUAAUUUUGAUCUCAAUCUGGUGCAAGAAAUGUUGCGGAAACUGCACGACAUGUUCCACCUGCUCGCACCAUCCGACUUGCCCAAAACGGGGGAUAUUUUGGGUACGGUGUCAGGCACGUCCCGGAAGCCGGAAAAUCACUGUGUCCUGCAGGCCUGGGACCUUGAACUACUGAAGGGAGAUGGAGAAGACUUGCCCGAUUUUAAGGAAGACUGGAAAAAUGUGAUAACGAUAUGUAUGAUCAACAAUGAUUCGAACGUAGCUAUUUCGCAGUGCGAACAAUUCAUCGCUUCCAUCCGGUUGCGGUCGGUCAAGGAAAUGGAAAUCCGGAGUCUCCGACGGGAAAACUUUGGCGAGUCGUUGUUUUUAUUCAAAUUCACUGCCGAGUUCGUGUCACUCUCGUUCUCCCCGUCUGGCAGAUACGUUGCCAUUGGGUUACGGUGCCGACGAAACUUGAAGUACGCCUACAUCGUGGACAAGGAAUCGCUCUGGCGAAUAGGGGUCAACUCCGGAACGUUUGACUCGAUCGGCAAUCGAUUCGAUAUUGUCGAGCAGAAUGAACGUGUCGGUCUCAAACUCUCCCUACCAAGAGAUUCCCAAAACUACCUCGAAAUCAAUUGCAUCAAAUGGGCUGCCCUGCCUGGCUAUGGGCUCCUCGUGGGAUUGAAAUCGAAAUUCGUUCGAAUAUGUCGAUAGUAUUCAUAUUUGCGACUGCCAGUUGCUAUUAAGAAAAUAGAAGAAAGUAAUUA